UAUGAAUAUAAAUACAAAAAAGUUUGAUUAACAACCAAAAUAACCAUUAAAGUAAUUUGAUUUGAUUUCAUCUCUGAUAAAGUCGCCUCUCUCGUCGCAACCAGUCUUCUCCCUCUCUAUCUCGCAUUUCAGAAAAUUCUCUCUUUAUUUCCUUAUUCAACACAAAACCUCAAGAGCUUCCCAGAAAUCCGAACAAAGAGAAUGGGUUUUUAAGGAAAAUAUCAAAAAUUCCUUUUUCUCUGUGUUUUGGUUCUUUUUAUAAUCUGAAGAGCUGGAAACACACUGUUCUGCGAAUUGUCGAAAAACUUGGUUAAACCGUCCAAAGAAUGAGUUGCUGUUGCUGUUGUUUCCCGAGUAUACCCGAAAGCUCAAGAACUAUAGAUGAGCAUGUUCCUUUAUCUCAUAAUUCUCAUUCACCACCUUCCUCUGCGGUAUCCAGUGAAGCAGAAAAUAGAAACUUGGUCCCUAAUAUAUACACUGCACCGCUUCAGCCGCCAGUUCCUUUAGCAUUCUCACCUAGAAAUCUUCAAAGUCCAUCGAAAUUGCCAAGAACUCAGAGCAAUUCGGGCGAGGGAGCUCAAGGAAUCACACACGCUGUUCUGGAAAAGGAAACAUGGCCUGUUGGUGAUCUAACUGAUACUGAUCUAAAGAAAAAGGAUCGAGAAACCAUCGACGAGUGUCCAAUUUGCUUAGAAGAAUAUGAGUCAGAGAACCCGAAAUUGCUUACGAAAUGUGGCCACGAUUUUCACCUUGCGUGCAUUCUUGAAUGGAUGGAAAGAAGUGAGGCUUGUCCAGUUUGUGACAAGGAAUUGGUACUCAAUCAAUGAAUCAUAAUCGAAGUAAAACAAGAAACAGAGAACAAGAAGUGGAAAAAAAAAAGGUAUAGAAGAUUUGAUUAAACUGGCAUUAGGUGUUAGUAUGGUGAUGUGAUGAACAUUAUUGCUCUAUCUCAUUCAUAAGCUUGACUGCUUAAAUAUUUUCAUUGUUUUUUUUUCUUACCAAUCUUUUGAUUACGUAUAUCAGACACAAAAUACAGAAGAAGAAAAUAGGAUAUGAUCAUAUUUAGAAGAUGUAGACAGAAAUUUUUAUAUUCGAUUGUUUUCUAUACUUUGAAAAACGUUUUAUUCACGGUUUGUUUUUCAAUUUGAAUUAAGAGAGCUUGUCAUUUCAGAGAUUUUACUGUGUAAAAA